UAACUGAGAAUCGAAAACUGCAGAAGAAGUAUCACAAGGCAGUCAACCCAGCCAAGAGACUACCAAGAAAACUAGCAGAGAAUCCAGCCAAAGCAGUACUGGCAAAAUGAACAAUAUCUUAUAGCAAAACCAACAACAGAAACCCAUUUUUCCAUUUCAUGACCUUAGUAAAGACAACAGCUUUUAUCUUUAGAGCUAAGGUAGUAGAAGAUACUGAAAUGUGGCUAAACCUCCUAUCAUUCCUUUCUCUCUGAAUAUGAUAGACCGAGCAACAAAUAAUGAGGCAGUAAAAUUUUUUGUUCUCAAUUUGCAUCUCAACAAUAAACUCAAAAUUUUGUAAAAUAUUUGGCCUAAGCAGAAGAUACCCCAAAUUACUCAUAAGGUUAGAUAGAACAGAGAAAGAAUAGUCACAUUCGAAGAAUAAAUGUGAAGCAGAUUCAUUUGAGCAAUGACAUAAAGGGCAAAUAGCAUCCACCAUAAUACCCUUAGCAAUAAGAACAUCAACAGUAUUAAUACCCCCAAUAAUGGCCAUCCAAUAGAAGGAAGAGUACCUCAGAGCAAAACGUUUAUGCCAAACGAAUUGAUACCAAUUAACUUUAGCAUAAUCUAUAAAAAAAUAUUCCCUGUAAGCUCGAUGAUUACUAAUCUUACUAUCCCCUAACAGAAUGAAUAACAGGAGAAUCCAAAACCACAGGGAUAGCAUAUAUAGCACGGGCAGCAGCAUCUGGUAAGAUGGCAAGCAAAAGCCACCCAUUUUCAUUCAGAAUAACAGAGAGUUUUUCAUUAACAGGAAAACUGCCAAUAAUGGGUUGUACCUCCAAAACUUUAUGUAAACAUUUAUCAUUAAACCAGUGAUCCCAAUAAAGGGAUAAAUGUGAGUAUGGGGUUAUCUUGAAAUGAAAUUUUUCUUUAGCAACCUUAGCAUUCCUACAAACACAUUUCCAAAAUUUGGAUGCUUUAGAGACAUGAUCCUUCCAAGGAGAAACAUACGAGUUAAACAACCACAUAGCCAGAGGACUAUGAAAAUUGUAGAUUCUCACAAUGAGUGAGCAAUUAAAAGUUAAAACUGAAUUGAAAAGAUUGCAAGGAAGGCAAACCGAGGCCUCCCACAUCAAUUGGUUUACAUGUAUUAUGCCAAGAGACCAAAUGUAAUUUCCGGCCGGUGGUUUCACCAAAAUAAAGAAAUUUAGCACAUAAUCUAUCAAUUUGCUAUACUUCUUUAAUCAACCCACUUAAAUUGGCAUAUUCAUGCCUUACUUUUGUCAUUUAUCACUUAUAGGGUAUCUAAAUUUAAGUAGUGUUAUUUCAUUCUUUCAAAAUGACAGAGCAGUUAUGGCAACAAAGAACUGUUAAGAAAAAAAAAACUCUGUAUUCUGUACAGCUCGUAAUGUUUUUUUAAGUAAUCACGUGAUUGUCAUGAAUUCGGGGUGUAGUUGAGAGGAAGUUGCCUCACUUGAAUUCGGGAAGAUAAUUUAAGCAAAAUAGAGCAAGUUUUAUAUUGUUAAUUUAAGUAAAGCAAAUGAAACAAGAAAUAAAUACUGAAAGAGGAGUCUUCCACCAAAGCAAACUGGAAAUGGGGGGCUAUCCGCCGAUCGAAAUCCUGGAGAAGGGAUUAGUGAUUCCGAGCGAGGAGACUCCGGCGGAGGAGAUCUGGCUCUCCAACCUCGACCUUCUCGUUGCGCGGGCCCACACCCCCACCGUCUACUUCUACCGCCGCCCCCUCGAUGACGCCGGAUUCUUCUCGCCGGAAGGCCUCAAGGCCGCUCUAGCCCGCACGCUCGUCCCAUUCUACCCUCUCGCCGGCCGCCUAGUUCCCGGCGCCGACGGUCGUCUUUGCAUCCGAUGCACAGCUGAGGGCGCCCUCUUUGUCGUCGCUCGAUCUGAAGCGUCAGUGGAUGAUUUUGGGGAUUUCGCUCCCUCCGAUGAGAUCCGGCGGCUACUUGUUCCUUUCGCUGAUAGCGCUGAUACGGUUGAUCCGCCGCUUGUCAUGUUCCAGCUAACCUUCUUCCGGUGCGGCGGCGUCUGCCUCGGCGCCGCGGUGCACCACACCGCAGCCGACGGCCUCGGAGCCCUCCACUUUGUAAACUCGUGGGCAAGAAUCACCAACACCAACUCCCACAUCCCCAUCCCCCCCACCAUUAAUCGCACCCUCCUGCACGCACGCUCUCCUCCAUCCAUAACCUGCUCCCACAUCGAAUACUCCCAAUCUCAUCUCCCUCCUUCCUCCACUCACCCUCCCUUCACCUCCGCCAUCCUCAAACUCUCCAAUCACAAUCUCUCGCUCAUCAAAACCAGUCCCAAACGCCCUCUUUCCACCUUCAAAGCCGUCGUCUCCCACAUCUGGCGCUCCGCCUGCAAGGCCCGCGGGCUCGAACCAUCAAUACCGACCCGACUCUACAUGACCGCUGACGCCCGAUCCCGCCUGCGGCCGCCUCUUCCCGCUAGCUACCUCGGAAACGCCAUCUUCCGCGUGUCCGCGGAGGCGACAGCUAGGGAAAUAUCGGACUUUGGAGCGGCGGCAAAGAUUGAUGCCACUACGAAGCGGAUUGACGAUGAGUUUGUCAGGUCGUUGAUCGAUCACUUGGAGGAGAAGGUGGAUGAGGCUGGGGUGAGGAAAGGGGCUUGGGUGAUGCCGGAGACGGAUCUUUGGGUGAUUAGUUGGCUGGGUUUGCCGAUCUAUGAGGCAGAUUUUGGGUGGGGCAAACCGAUUUAUAUGGGAAGGGCGUGUUUGCAGUUUGGUGGUUUGGUUUAUAUUGUGCCGAGUUCACCGGAGGAGGCGGAGGGAGGGUUGUCGGUGUUGAUCGCGAUGGAGGUGGAGAAUAUGGAGAGGUUUAAGAAAGUGUUUUACGAAGAGAUUGGGCGUGCCGGGUCGGGCCAUCUUUGAACCGGUCUAGCUCUUGGGAACCGGAUAAUCUUUAAAUUGGUCGAGACAGAUGGACGUUUAUGUGUGAGUUUGGAGUCAUUAGUCGUUAAGUUUCCUUCAUGUUCUAAUUCUCACUGUAAUGACAGAGUACUUCGUUUUACAAGAGGGGAAAAAAUCAUACAUUUGAAAUA